UUGUCGCCUACUUGCAGUAAAACCGGUGCUAUUAAGCUGAAGAUUCUUGGAUUCGAUUCGCAGUAUACGGAAGUUGCUUCACCAGUAUGCGAAAUCUAUGGAUUUCAUUGGAAAUCGGUAGCAAUACCAGAAAGAGAAGGUGAUGAGAAAGACCCCAAGUACCUCAGUGUUUACGUCUCCUGUAAUGAUGGAUAUGUAUCGAAUUUGUGGGAGUGUAAAGCGAAAAUUACGCUUCGGUUAAUUUCACAAAAAAGAGGAAUUAAAGAUUUUGUCAUUGAGAAAUCAACAACAUUUGGAGCAAAACAAAAUGAAUGUGAAUUUUUGAAGUUUAUUGAACGGGAUUAUAUUAAAAAUCCAGAUAACGGAUAUAUUUGUCGUGAUGAAGUCACUAUUGAAACUUGCAUUACUGUCGAGGAGGUUAAGGGUGUGCGGCCUUAUCUAGCUUUAAACUUUCUCGAGAAAUCAGAAAACAGUGAUUAUGUUUUAAAAGUUGGCGGAAAAGAAUUAUAUAUUAAUAAGGAACUAAAACAAGAUUUUUAA